GUCGGUUACUUUCCAAGUGGUUUUAGUCUCCAAUGGUGAACGCUCUUUCAUCCUGAUCAACUAUGGUGAUAUUGCAGAAACAGGACAAAGUUGGCUGCAGCCAGUGCCCCAGAACUCUCGUUCAGCAGUAAUGUCAAUGUGAAUGGUCGCUGGUCUUUCCGUGUUGAUGGAUCGCCAAACUGCUAAUUUCCUGCCGUUUGGGGAUGGAGACGUAGUAAACCCUAUUUCGGAUGAUGGAAGCUCUGAAGCCAUUUUCUUGCAGCAGCCUUUCAAAUACUUUGGACGUAUAUAUAAUCAGAGUUAUGUGAACAACAAUGGUCACUUGACAUUUACUCAACCACUAUCUGCCUACAUCCCUUUUCUGAACGCUGGAAUAGACAUCAUUGCUCCUCUGUGGACUGACCUUAACAAUGUAAAUAGUGGAACGAUCUCCUAUAGAGAGGAUACAAGCAGUGCUGUACUGGCACAAGUCACUGAAGCUGUUCACCAAUAUUACCCUAACGUGCCUUUUACUGCUUCAUCAGCCUUUGUGGCUACCUGGGACAGUGUGCCGUACAUCACUGGUGGAGGGUCGGUUACUUUCCAAGUGGUUUUAGUCUCCAAUGGUGAACGCUCUUUCAUCCUGAUCAACUAUGGUGAUAUUGCAGAAACAGGACAAAGUUGGCUGGCUGGUUAUGACACAGUGGACUCUGUUAAUUCUUUCCAAAUUCCAGCAGCCAGUGCCCCAGAACUCUCGUUCAGCAGUAAUGUCAAUGUGAAUGGUCGCUGGUCUUUCCAUGUUGAUGGAUCGCCAAACUUGCCAGCUAAUUUCCUGCCGUUUGGUGAUGGAGAUGUAGUAAACCCCAUUUCGGAUGAUGGAAGCUCUGAAGCCAUUUUCUUGCAGCAGCCUUUCAAAUACUUUGGACGUGUAUACAAUCAGAUCUAUGUGAACAACAAUGGUCACUUGACAUUUACUCAACCACUAUCUGCCUUCGUCCCUUAUCUGAAUGCUGGAAUAGACAUCAUUGCUCCUCUGUGGACUGACCUUUACAAUGUAAAUGGUGGAACGAUCUCCUAUAGAGAGGAUACAAGCAGUGCUGUACUGGCACAAGUCACUGAAGCUGUUCACCAAUAUUACCCUAACGUGCCUUUUACUGCUUCAUCAGCCUUUGUGGCUACCUGGGACAGUGUGCCGUACAUCACUGGUGGAGGAUCGGUUACUUUCCAAGUGGUUUUAGUCUCCAAUGGUGAACGCUCUUUCAUCUUGAUCAACUAUGGUGAUAUUGCAGAAACAGGACAAGUUUGGCUGGCUGGUUAUGACACAGUGGACUCUGUAAAUUCUUUCCAAAUUCCAGCAGCCAGUGCCCCAGAACUCUCGUUCAGCAGUAAUGUCAAUGUGAAUGGUCGCUGGUCUUUCCUUGUUGAUGGAUCGCCAAACUCUCAUUUCCUGCCAUUUGGGGAUGGAGACGUAGUAAACCCCAUUUCAGAUGAUGGAAGCUCUGAAGCCAUUUUCUUGCAGCAGCCUUUCAAAUACUUUGGACGCGUAUACAAUCAGAUCUAUGUGAACAACAAUAGUCACUUGACAUUUACUCAACCACUAUCUGCCUACAUCCCUUAUCUGAACUCUGGAUUAGACAUCAUUGCUCCUCUGUGGACUGACCUUAAUAAUGUAAAUGGUGGAACGAUCUCCUAUAGAGAGGAUACAAGCAGUGCUGUACUGGCACAAGUCACUGAAGCUGUUCACCAAUAUUUCCCUAACGUGCCUUUCACUGCUUCAUCAGCCUUUGUGGCUACCUGGGACAGUGUGCCGUACUACAGUGGUGGAGGGUUGGUUACUUUCCAAGUGGUUUUAGCCUCCAGUAGUGAUCGUUCUUUCAUCCUGAUCAACUAUGGUGAUAUUGCAGAAACAGGACAACUUUGGCUAGCUGGCUUUGACACAGUGGACUCUUCACACUCGUUUGCCGUUUCAUUACUAAAUGUUUCUGAACUGUCAUCCAGCAGCAAUGUCAAAGAUAACGGUCGUUGGGUUUUCCAUGUUGAUGGUGGUCACGAUGUUUGUGAUACUUGCACUGAAAAUGAGGCUUGUCAUAAGAGAGGUGGUGUCUACGGUUGUGUUUGCUUGGAUGGACAACAACCAAAUCAUGAAAGCUUUGAUGCUGUGGAGUCUUGUGUCAGCAGCACUGGGUCCCUGUCUCUAUCCCGUUGCCAGCUCUUUGAAUCUGGUUUUCCUCCUGAGACCCUGCACCUAAAUGAUCCAAGCUGCCAAGGGACCCUUGAAGAUGGCAGACUUGUGUUUCAGUUUGACAAUGAAGGCCUCAUAUGUGGUACCAUUCUGAUGAGCAACAGAACUCACUUUAUCUACCAAAACUCCAUUCAGUCUAACUUGAGAGGCACUGGCCAGAGCAUCAUUACAAGAGAGAGAUGGAUGAACAUUACAUUUUCUUGUGCAUAUCCUCUGAUCCAGACCCUAUCUAUGCCCAUGGGUAUCCAGGCUGAAGGCGGUGAGAUAUAUAAGGAGCUUCCUGCUGGCCAGGGCACAUACCAGGUCCGCAUGAUUCCCUACCAUGAUGCAGAGUUUACUAGCCCAUUUGAUGGGGAGGUGGAAAUACAGGUGAACCAGCAGAUGUAUGUGGCUGUUGAGGUGGAAGGAGUGGAUAGAAAUCAAAUCGCAACAGUUCUGGACAACUGCUGGGCCACACCUAUUAAUGAUAUCGACUAUCAUAUUCGCUGGAAUCUAAUAACUAGAGAAUGCCCCAACCCUGAUGAUGGCACAGUGGAGGUUCUUCAGAAUGGUAAUAAUACGACAAGCCAUUUCUCCUUCAGGAUGUUCACCUUCUCAGGAAUCUCUGACCGCAUCUUCCUGCACUGUCAGAUUCAUCUCUGCCUUGUACAGAAUGGCAGAUGUGCACAGUCAUGCGACCCUGGAUAUAGACGUAGAAGGCGCAGAUCUUUGGACUUCCACCACUCUGCUGCGAUCACCAUGGGUCUUUAAGAAAACUCAGUAACCAUGAUGAAUGAAAGAUCCUGCAUUUAUAUCAAAAUACUUCUUGUGAAUGAUAAAGAAAUCUUAAUAUGAAAUUUCAUAUGAAUUUGAAAGCACUUCCUUGUCUUUAAACAUCUACAUUUAAAUCAGAGAUAUUUCAGAUAUUUUAAAUAAUCAUAUCACUUAUGAAAACCAACUGCUAGGUGAAAAUGGACUUUGGAAAAACCACUAAAUCUAACCCAGACCCAAAGUAAUUCAUUUAUUUCCUAAAAAAGAAAUCUCUGUAAUAACCUCUGUAUGCAUCUAUCGUUUUAUUGUUGUAGGAGAGUGUUAUUCAAAUACAAAUCUAAAUUCUUCUUGAUUAUUCAGGGAAUAUGAAUAAAAUUUACCAUAAAUGGAAUUAAAAGAAUGAUUUAGCUCUCUGUCUUUCUCUUUGUUCAAGGAGUAAUUUUGGAAACAAUAGACCAGACAAUCCUUGAAUAAACCUGCUUA